AUGGCUCUCACAGACCGCGAUACCCUUCCAGACGUGUUGAAACCAACCCAUUAUGACGUUUCUCUUUUCGACUUGGAGCUGGGAGGCUCCUGGGCCUACAAGGGGACCGUCAAAAUCGAAGCUACAGUUGCUAAGCCCACCAAGGAAAUUGUCUUGAAUACCAAUGAUAUAAGUGUGGGGGAAGUGGAAGUAAAGGCGGCUGAUGGUUUGAUCAAACUUGCUCUAAUAAGAAGCUCCUACUCAGCUAGAGCUUCUGGUGUGUCUUUUGACAAGAAAUCAGAAAGAUCCACGCUAUCUUUCGACAAGGAUAUAACAAACGGACAGGUUUUACUGAAGAUCGACUUCGUGGCAACCAUGAAUGAUGCCAUGGUAGGGUUCUAUCGCUCCAAAUACACUUCCGCUGUGACGCCGCCUUCGGACACUCCGAUAGAAGGUGGAUUUCAUUACAUGCUGAGCACCCAGUUCCAAGCUUGCGAUGCCCGGAGAGCCUUUCCGUGCUUUGACGAGCCCAAUCUGAAGGCCACUUUUGACUUUGAAAUCGAAAUCCCUACAGGCUUGGUGGCCAUGAGCAAUAUGCCUGUUAAAUCCGAGCGAGAAUCAAGCAAACCAGGUCUGAAAGUCGUAUCUUUCGACCGCACCCCGGUUAUGAGCACCUAUCUUCUAGCAUGGGCAGUCGGCGAUUUUGAAUACGUCGAGGCUCACACGCAGCGAAAGUACAACGGAAUCAAUAUUCCUGUCCGUGUAUACACAACCAGGGGCCUCAAAGAGCAAGCUCGGUACGCCUUGGAAUGUGCUUCUAGAACUGUGGACUACUUUUCUGAGCUUUUCGGAAUUGAUUAUCCUCUUCCAAAAUCCGACCUUAUGGCAGUUCAUGAGUUUGCAGCGGGUGCCAUGGAAAACUGGGGCCUAGUUAUGUAUCGCACCACUUCGGUUCUCUUCGAUGAAGGCAGUUCCGACUCGAGCUAUAAGAACUACAUUGCCUAUGUCAUAGCACACGAACUGGCACAUCAAUGGUUUGGUAAUCUUGUUACUAUGGACUGGUGGAAUGAGCUUUGGUUGAACGAAGGAUUUGCUACGUGGGUUGGAUGGCUUGCGGUAGACCACUUUUACCCAGAAUGGAAUGUUUGGUCUCAGUUUGUGGCUGAGAGUCUCCAAGAAGCCUUCCGACUCGACUCGCUGCGGGCUUCUCACCCCAUUGAGGUCCCUGUCAGGAAUGCUCUUGAGGUAGAUCAGAUCUUUGACGAUAUCAGUUAUAGGAAGGGCAGUUCCAUUAUUCGAAUGCUCAGCAGCCAUCUUGGCCAAGAGACGUUCAUUCGUGGUGUUUCAAACUACUUGAAAGCCCAUGCUUACGGAAAUGCCAAAACGGAUGAUCUAUGGUCUGCACUUAGUGAAGCAUCUAAGCAGGAUGUUCAUGCUUUCAUGAAUCCAUGGGUUCGUAUAAUUGGCUUCCCAGUCCUCACUAUCACCGAGGAACCGCGCCAAAUUUCUGUUCGUCAAAGCCGAUUCUUAGCAUCUGGUGAUGUCAAACCAGAAGAAGACGAGACUGUGUGGUGGAUCCCUCUCAAUAUCAACAACACCGCACCACGGGCUCUUACCACAAAAUUCGAGGUGGUGCGAGAUGUUGACGAUGCUUCCUACAAACUAAACAAAGACCAGUGCGGCUUCUACCGAACAAAUUACCCACCCCACCAUCUGGAAAAGCUUGGACAGUCUCUUCAUCUUUUCAGCAAUGAAGAUAAAAUCGGGCUUAUCGGAGAUGCUGCCGCGCUGGCAGUUUCAGGCGAAGGGACUACGGCCUCGUUGCUAGGUUUGCUUGAAGGCUUCACUGGUGAAAGCAGUUAUCGGGUAUGGUCACAGAUAGCGUUUUCACUAGCUCAUCUACGGUCUGUGUUUUCAUCCAACGAAGUAAUAGCAACCGGCUUGAGGGAGUUUACAUUGAAACUGGUCACGCCAUCUGCUGAAAAGAUUGGGUGGACCUUUAGCCCCGAUGAAAAUUACUUGACUGGGCAACUCCGGAGACUGCUCAUUUCGGUGGCAGGUAAUGCAGGUCAUAAAGGGACAAUUACCGACGCAAAGAGAAUCUUUCAGCUUUGGGCUUCUGGUGAUCCUAAUGCAAUUCAUGCGAAUCUACGAUCUGUUGUUUUUGCCCUUAAUAUCUCAGAGGGUGGCCGAGACGAAUUCGACAAAGUCAAGGACGCAUAUCGGAAGACAGAGUCUGCGGACGGGAAGGAGAUCUGCCUUACCUCUCUCGGCCGUACGAAAGACCCGGUGCUGGUUAACGAGUACCUGGAUCUGAUUUUCUCGGACGAAGUGGCCGUCCAAGAUAUGCAUAGCGGUGCCGUAUCCUUGACUGGCAGUCCCAAAGUUCGGCACCUCCUGUGGGAAUACAUGAAAAACAACUGGAAGCGAGUGUCAGCACGGCUUUCGUCGAACAAUGUCGUGUUUGAGCGGUUUGUGCGAUUAAGCUUGGCUAGGCUGGCCGACGAAGGUCUCGCUAGCGAGAUCAGAGCUUUCUUUGCGGAUAAAGACACGGGAGCUUAUGACCGGGCCUUGGUCAUUGUAUCUGAUAGCAUCCAUACCGAUGCCCGGUACAAGACAAGAGACGAAGCGUCUCUGCUGGAAUGGCUCCAGGUGCAUGGCUAUGCGUAG